UUUAACCUAAAAGUGAAGUUAGAGAAAUGUUUGCCUAUCCCUAUCUGUGGUGUUCAGUAGACUGCUGUUGUAUUUUUAGUUUCUCUCUGAAACAAGCUGAAAGACAAUGAGGACAGGCCGAUUGCAUGUGAAGUAGCUGCUGGCCAGCCCUGCUGCAACAGCUGAUGGGCUCCUCUCGGUUUCCAGAGCUAUAUCUGGUAGAUUAGCUGGUAUCAAGGCUCUCGAGUUCAGGCCAUAAAAGGCCCGGCCCAUGUGGAGUUUGCUCCACUGCUCUGCCCGCGUCCUGACAGCCUGCAGGGUCCUCAGGUUUCACGGGGAUCUGCCCAGUAAUGGAUGGCUCUGCCAAGGCCAGGUUGGGGAAGUUCAGCCUCGAGGACACCAGCGGACGGAAAACUUCAAAAAGAAGACUCUUUUUGUUAACACUUUGGUGUUCUUUUUGGAGAGAAACUUUUGGGAUGUAGCCUUCACCUAUUUCCUGAACUUGACACCCAAAUGCCUUCUGGAAAGCACCCUUCUAAAUUUAUCCUGUUCUGAAUCGUCGCUUCUGAUGGAUGCACGUUGCCUUGUUUUGCAUUGUGAUAUUUGGUUUUGUGCAAGUUACUUGGGCUAACUUUUGAUAUUUUACUUUUUGUUUAGCAUUUGGAAGUAGUAGUCAUUGGAAAGAGACUCUGAGAAAAUACUACAGGACAUCCCAAGCUGGAUUAGAGGAUAUAACGUGUUUUAUUUUUUAAUUAGAAAAAUAAGGAAUUGCAGUGUGAUUUCCCCUCCCCCUUUAACUUAGAGGAACAAGAAUUAUACAGAAAUUUGAAAUCUCAACAAGAAAAACUUAAGCUUCAUUGGAUUUCCACGUCAAAGAAAAGUUCCAAGCUUUCAGAAAGAAUUCUCACUUGAAGAGAAAGAACAAUUUGCUAGCCACAAAAGAGGAAUUGAUACUAAGCUCUUAACUGCACUUCCUAAAGUUGCAGAAUUAAGAAAAAUCUUUGAACCAAAGAGGAAGGAAUUUUUAGAAAUGAAAAGAAAAGAAAGAAUUGCCAGGCGCCUUGAAGGAAUUGAAAAUGACACCCAGCCCGUCCUCUUGCAGAGCUGCACAGGGUUGGUGACUCAUCGGCUGCUGGAGGAAGACACGCCUCGGUACAUGCGAGCCACCGACCCGGCCAGCCCCCACAUUGGCCGCUCAAAUGAAGAGGAAGAAACUUCCGAUUCUGCCUUAGAAAAGCAGACGCGACCCAAGCACCGCGCGGACAGCUCCGGGGUCGGUGCCGACCCGCCCUGCAGCCUGGGGGCCAUGGACGCCCAGGGCCCGGGGGCCAAAGCCCAGCGCAUCGCCAGGUAUAAGGCGGAGCGGCGGCGGCAGCUGGCGGAAAAAUACGGGCUGACCCUGGAGCCUGAAGCCGACCCAGAGCACCUGACCCGCUACGCCAGGUCCAGGAGGGAGCCCGGCGCGGCCGACAAGCGCGCGGGGCAAAGUGAGAAGCCGGCGGAGCCCGGCAAAGACUCGAGCGCCCCGUACCCGGGGCCGGAGACCGCGGGGCUCCGCACCUGUGCGGGUGAGUCCAAGGACUGCGUCCUGCGCGCCAGCCACGGCGUUUCAGAGCAGGAGCUGCUGCUGAAUGUGGAAAACCAAAGACGGGGCCAGGAGCCCAGCGCCACCCGGCAGGCCCACGACCUGCCCCCGGCAGCCGAGAGUUCCUUGACCUUCUCGUUCUCGGGGCGAGACUCCUCCUUCACUGAAGUGCCAAGGUCCCCAGAGCAGGUGCACCGCUCCUCGCUGCAGCCGCCGGCGCCCCGGAGCCCGUCUGCUGGUGACCCGCCCGUCCCCACUGAGGCCCGGCCCAGUAUUACGGGGAAACCCAAACAUGAGUGGUUUCUCCAGAAAGAUUCCGAAGGGGACACAUCUUCCCUUAUCAACUGGCCCUCCAGAGUUAAGGUUAGAGAAAAAUUGGUGAGAGAGGAGAGUGCUCGCGGCAGCCCUGAACUUGCCUCAGAGCCCUCAACUCAGAGGAGACGUCAGCCAGCGCCGGUGCACGGCCUGUCCUUUCAGUCGGAACACUCGGCCUUUGACAGGGUCCCCAGCAAGGCGGCGAGCUCUUCACGGCAGCCAAGCUGUGGCUACGUCCAACCCACCGACUCUGGUCACACCGCCAAGCUGGUGACCACAGAAAGCCCAGAAAAUGUAUCCGAGUGCAGCUGGGGGGAAUCAGCCCCCCAGGAUGUCACAGAACCUCUGACCUUGAAGGUGGCAGGUGAGAGAAGGUACGUGCCAGCCCUCCACAUCUGUGAACCCAAAGCAGAGGGAGACAUGCUCGUCGCUGAAGCUCCUGAGAAAAGCAGGAAAACCGUUUUGGCUUUGGAGGAUGAUGGGUUCACAAGAAGCCACGAAGACCCUUCUGGAAAGGAGGACUUUGGUCAGCCGGCUGUUAGCACAGUCACCUUGGAACGUGAGAAGGAACGAGAAGGUGCGGCACACCCAGCUCAAUCUCGGCCUGCAGAGAGAAUGGGCAGGAGCGAAAUGGUUUUGUAUGUUCAGAAUGAGCCUGUGUCCCGCAAUGCCACACUGACCACCGGUCCCAAAAAGAAGCGCAAGGUCCUCACCCGCUCACUGUCUGACUACACGGGGCCCCCUCUGCUCCAGGCCUCGAAGCGCAAGGACCCCGCUUCCACGCCAGAGCUGGGCCUGCAGGGCUCCAAGGCCGAAGGGCUGACUGGGGAAGUCGGCGUGCCAGACACAAAGGUCUCUGUCGCCCAGCUCCGAAGUAUGUUUCUGGAGUCUGCCAACACCUGCAAGAGACCUGAACUCCAAUCGCGGGUGGAGAGGUCACCCGGCGGCGCUGGCAGUGUGGAGCGGGAGAGAGGGUCCCGGAAACCGAGGCGCUAUUUCUCUCCUGGUGAAAGUAGGAAAACUUCUGAGAGAUUUAGAACUCAACCUAUAACCUCAGCAGAACGAAAGGAAUCGGAUAGAUGUACUUCACAUUCAGAAAUGCCAAUUAUGGACGAUGAAGAAAAGGUGGAUGAACGAGCCAAGCUGAGUGUCGCUGCCAAGAGGCUGCUUUUCAGGGAAAUGGAAAAAUCCUUUGAUGAGCAGAGUGUUCCAAAGCGGCGCUCAAGAAACGCGGCGGUGGAGCAGAGGCUGCGCCGUCUGCAGGACAGAUCGCUCACCCAGCCCGUCACCACCGAGGAGGUGGUCAUCGCAGCCACUGAACCUAUCCCUGCUUCGUGUUCUGGGGGCGUCCACCCUGUCAUGGCGAGAUGUCCUAGUCCCACUGUAGCUAGGAGCACUGUGCAGCCUGCCAGAUUACAGGCAUCUGCUCACCAAAAGGCUUUAGCCAGAGACCAGACGAAUGAGGUCAGAGAUUCCACUGAACCAGGAGAACCUGAUUCCUCCACUCUGAGCUUAGCAGAGAAGUUGGCCUUAUUUAACAAAUUGUCCCAGCCGGUCUCAAAAGCGAUUUCUACCCGAAACCGAAUAGACAUGAGACAGCGGAGGAUGAACGCCCGCUACCAGACGCAGCCGGUCACGCUGGGUGAGGUGGAACAGGUGCAAAGUGGGAAGCUCAUUCCUUUCUCACCCACCGUUAGCACGUCUGUGUCCACCGCGACAUCCACAGUCACUCCGAUGUAUGCUGGGGACCUUCGGACGAAGCCCCCUCUUGAUGACAAUACAAGUGCCACUGACUAUAAGUUUCCUUCUUCACUAGAAAAUUCAGACUCUCCAGUUAGAAGCAUUCUGAAGUCACAAGUUUGGCAGCCUUUGGUAGAGGACAGUGGAAACAAAGGGAUGUUGAGAGAAUCUGGAGAGGCAGAAAGCAAGAGAGCUCUGGCAGGUAGAGACACUGGGGUGAAGAAGUGUGGGUCCUCGGAGGAGGCAGAGCCCACCCACCCCGUCUUUAGCAGAGUCAGGGAGGGAGACAUCCACAAGGAGCCUAGAUGUGCUGAGCCGAGGAAGGGGAGCCUGGAGCUGGCUCGUCCGUCCAGCGCCCACCUCGCUGAUGAGCUGGAUGGGUUUUCCACUGUGAAAACGAAUGCACAAGGGAACGCAGACCUGAAGGACAGGCAGCCCUUUGAAGAGAAGGUGGACGUGGAGAACGUCAUAAAAAGGAAGUUUUCUCUGAGAGCAGCAGAGUUCGGGGAGCCCACUUCCGAGCAGAAGGGGGCUGCUGCUGGGAAAACAGUCGCUCAGACCGCAGCCCCUAUGUCCUGGAAGCAGCAGGAUUCUGCAGAACAACUGCAGGAGAAGCACUGCAAGAAUCCGUGCGCAAUGUUUGCUGCUGGAGAGAUCAAAGCUGCAGCGGGGGAGACCAUCCUGGACUCGCCCUGCAAGACCAUGUCAAUUAAAGAAAGACUGGCGCUGCUGAAGAAGAGUGGAGAGGAGGACUGGAGGAACAGGCUCAGCAGGAAGCAGGAGGGUGGCAAGGCACCCGCCACCAGCAGCCUGCACAUCCAAGAAGCCGGGCAGCCACUCACCAAGAAGGAAGAAGGAGGAUUUUCAGAUGAUAAUGCCCUUUCUAAUCUGCUCUGGCGGGUCACAGAGAGUCGAGAGAGCCAGAUGACCAUUGAGGAGAGGAAGCAUCUGAUCACCGUGAGAGAGGAAGCUUGGAAGACCAAAGGCCAGGGCGCAGCCAACGACUCCACCCAAUUUACCGUGGCUGGCAGGAUGGUGAAGAAAGGUUUGGCAUCACCCACUGCCAUAACCCCGGUGGCAUCUCCCAUUUGCAGCAAGACCAGGGGGACUACACCGGUUUCCAAACCCCUAGAAGAUAUUGAAGCCAGACCAGACAUGCAGCUAGAAUCGGACCUGAAGUUGGACAGGCUGGAAACGUUCCUGAAAAGGCUGAACAACAAAGCUGGUGGCCUGCAGGAAACAGUCCUGACUGUCACCGGCAAAUCUGUUAAAGAGGUGAUGAAGUUGGAUGAUGACGAAACCUUUGCCAAAUUUUACCGCAACGUGGAUUCUAAUGUGCCGAGAAGCCUUGUGGAGCUAGAUGAGGACUUUGAUGUGAUUUUCGAUCCGGAUGCACCCAAACUGACAUCUUCCGUGGCCGCGCACAAGCGCGCAGUGAGGCCCAAGCGCCGGGUGCAGGCUUCCAGAAACCCCGUGAAGAUGCUGGCAGCACGAGAAGACCUCCUGCAGGAGUACACCGAGCAGAGGCUGAAUGUCGCCCUCAUGGAGUCAAAGCGGAUGAAAGUGGAGAAGAGGUCCUCCAAUUCCAACUUCUCGGAAGUCACGCUGGCAGGUUUAGCCAGCAAAGAAAAUUUCAGCAACAUCAGCCUGCGGAGCGUCAACCUGACGGAGCAGAAUUCCAACAACAGCGCGGUGCCCUACAAGAGGCUGAUGCUGCUACAGAUCAAAGGAAGAAGACACGUCCAGACCAGGCUGGUGGAGCCCCGCGCCUCGUCACUCAGCAGUGGGGACUGCUUCCUCCUGCUCUCUCCCCACCACUGCUUCCUGUGGGUGGGAGAGUUUGCCAACGUCAUAGAAAAGGCGAAGGCCUCUGAACUUGCGACUUUAAUUCAGACAAAAAGGGAACUUGGUUGUAGAGCUUCUUAUAUCCAGACCAUUGAAGAAGGGAUUAAUACACAUACUCAUGCAGCUAAAGACUUCUGGAAGCUCCUGGGAGGCCAAAGCAGCUACCAAUCUGCUGGAGACCCAAAAGAAGAUGAGCUAUAUGAAACAGCUAUAAUAGAAACAAACUGCAUUUACCGUCUCAUGGAUGACAAACUUGUUCCUGACGAUGACUACUGGGGCAAAAUCCCCAAGUGCUCCAUCCUGCAGCCAAAAGAGGUGCUGGUGUUUGAUUUUGGUAGCGAAGUUUACGUGUGGCAUGGGAAAGAAGUCACAUUAGCACAGCGUAAAAUAGCAUUUCAGCUUGCAAAGCACUUGUGGAAUGGAAAUUUCGACUAUGACAAUUGUGACAUCAACCCGCUGGAUCCCGGAGAGUGCAAUCCGCUGAUCCCCAGAAAAGGACGGGGGCGGCCUGAUUGGGCCGUAUUUGGGAGACUUACUGAGCACAAUGAGACUAUUUUAUUCAAAGAGAAGUUUCUGGAUUGGACUGAACUGAAGAGACCUAAUGAGAAGAACGCCGGGGAGCUCGCCCAGCAGAAGGAAGACCCCAGGGCUGAUGUCAAACCUUACGAUGUGACACUGAUGGUGCCCCUGCCCCAGGCGGCGGCAGGCACCGUUCUGGAUGGUGUGAAUGUCGGCCGUGGCUACGGCCUGGUGGAAGGGCCGGACAGGAGGCAGUUCGAGAUCAGCAGCUUGUCCGUGGAUGUCUGGCACAUCCUAGAAUUCGACUACAGCAGGCUCCCCAAACAGAGCAUCGGGCAGUUCCACGAGGGGGACGCCUAUGUGGUCAAGUGGAAGUUCAUGGUGAGCACCACAGUGGGGAGCCGGCAGAAGGCAGAGCAUUCCGUCAGGGUGACCGGCAAAGAGAAGUGCGUCUACUUCUUCUGGCAGGGCCGGUCCUCCACCGUGAGUGAGAAGGGAACGUCGGCGCUGAUGACGGUGGAGCUGGACGAGGAAAGGGGCGCCCAGGUCCAGGUUCUGCAGGGCAAGGAGCCCCCCUGUUUUCUGCAGUGCUUCCAGGGGGGCAUGGUGGUGCACUCUGGGAGGCGGGAAGAGGAAGAAGAAAAUGCGCAAAGCGAGUGGAGGCUGUACUGUGUGCGAGGAGAAGUCCCCGUGGAAGGGAAUUUGCUGGAGGUGGCCUGUCACUGUAGCAGCCUGAGGUCCAGGACUUCCAUGGUGGUCCUCAACGUGAAUAAGGCCCUCAUGUACCUGUGGCAUGGAUGCAAGGCCCAGGCCCACACAAAGGAGGUCGGAAGGAUGGCGGCAAAUAGAAUCAAGGAACAGUGCCCCCUGGAAGCAGGACUGCAUAGCAGCAGCAAAGUGACGAUACACGAGUGUGACGAAGGCUCUGAGCCUCUGGGAUUCUGGGAUGCCUUAGGAAGGAAAGACAGGAAGGCCUAUGACUGCAUGCUUCAAGAUCCGGGAAGUUUUAACUUCGCACCUCGCCUGUUUAUCCUCAGCAGCUCCUCUGGGGAUUUCUUAGCCACGGAGUUCACGUACCCGGCGCGCGCGCCCUCCGCUAUCAGCUCCAUGCCCUUCCUGCAGGAGGAUCUGUACAGUGCGCCCCAGCCAGCGCUUUUCCUCGUUGACAAUCACCAUGAGGUGUACCUCUGGCAAGGCUGGUGGCCCAUCGAGAACAAGAUCACCGGUUCCGCCCGCAUUCGCUGGGCCUCCGACCGCAAGAGUGCCAUGGAGACGGUGCUGCAGUACUGCAAAGGGAAGAAUCUCAAGAAGCCGCCCCCCAAGUCUUACCUAAUCCACGCUGGUCUGGAACCCCUGACCUUUACCAACAUGUUUCCCAGCUGGGAGCACAGAGAGGACAUUGCUGAGAUCACAGAAUUGGAUACGGAAGUUUCGAGUCAGAUCACCCUUGUGGAAGACGUCUUGGCCAAACUCUGUAAGACCACCUAUCCGCUAGCAGACCUCCUGGCCAGGCCGCUCCCGGAAGGAGUGGACCCCCUCAAGCUCGAGCUAUAUCUCACUGACGAAGACUUUGAGUUUGCGCUGGACAUGACUCGGGACGAGUUCGGUGCGCUGCCAGGCUGGAAGCAGGUGAACGUAAAGAAGGCCGCAGGCCUGUUCUGAGCCGGGCACCGGCCCGGCCCCGCGGUCGCCUGCAACACCGCCGACCAGGGAAAUGGAUAUUUAUUUUUGGACUGGUAUUUUUUUUUAAAAAAGUAUUUUUAAAUCAGAGUUUUCGGAACCCGACCUUGUUGUUGACCAUACUGCUUGUCCUGGAGCUGUGCAUUUGUCAGUGCUGCAGAGAAGCGUUAAGGGACUUUCCACGACCUGCAGGGACGUGGGCAAGAGCGUCCCCUCCGUGCACUCAGCAGGGAGCCCUCAGCACCGCCCAGCACUGCCUCCGUCCCAGCUCGGCGCUGCCUUGGUUUUUUUUGAAGCAGUUCUCUUUAUAAAGUGUUGUUUUGAUAGUUUGUGGAUUCUAAAAAAUAUAUAUAUAUAUUUAUAUAAACACCAUAUAAGUCAAAUAUGUAUUUAACAAAGCAAUAUGCAUUCAUUCACUCCUAAGAUUUUUUUUUUUUGGUGUCAAAAUAAUAUGAAGAGGUAGAUGGAAUUGCUCCUGUCAAAUUAGCUCUGCCACUGAUAUGUAUUUUCAUACACAUCCGGGAAUGUCUCCUUCAGCAUUAGGUAUGACUUGUUCUGAGUACUACUUCCGGUGCUAAAAUGAACAAAGAAUUUGUACUUAAUAGCAUGGACUCUACAGAAUCUAUGCAAAUCAACCAUUCUACCUUAAUAUCACCCCAAAAAUGUAUAGUGCCUUGUUUUUAUGUACAGUUUAUAUACAGAAAAGUUUGCGCUACGUUUUUGACGAUGGUUUGGAACAUUAUCUACAAUUUUACUCUCAAAUAGUAAAACAUAAAAACAUCUCAAUUUCUAAUACCUGUUGUAAACAUUACACAUGUCAUUCUGUGAUAUAGAACUCCAAACUAUUAAUAAAAAGCAUCAGAAUAAACAAUUAAUUGGUUCACAAUGAAUUUCAAGCAUGUUCCUUUCUGAAAAAAAAUUAUGUUUUGUAAAUGUUAAUCUAGUACCAAUAUUUUGCCAUCAAGUGUCAAGUAACUUUGAUGUAACUUUGAUUUUAGUUUAGGGCAAGAUUUUAUACAAGGUCAUAAGAUUAUAUUGAUAUUUUCCCCAUAAAAUUAAAAGUUCUUGGUACUAUACUGAAGACAUAUUUUUGUAAAAUCAUCAUUCAACAGACGUUCUUUACCCCACAACUAUAUCUACAUUUCAAUUUCAGGAUCUCAGUGCCUUUAAAAGAAUUAAAUGUAUGAAACAUCUAGAAAACUUACCAAUGAGUUAGAAAACUCCUCACAAGUUAAUAUGUUCUUAAAAUACCAAAUUCAUGGUUUUGAAUGUAUUCUACAGACCUACUACGAGUUGCUAUUGCUUCUCGCCUCCCUGAUAGUGUGCAUUUAACACAUCCAAUCCCGGCUCCUUCACCUAAAACUUCGGAACUUACUCAGAGCCUGUGACCUGCUCCUGGUCGCACUGUGUGAUUGUGUGAUGACACUUAGCAGUCACUGAACUUUUUUGCAAUUCCCUUAAAAGCGAGAUGGCACUAGCUAUUCUGCCUGCAUCCUGGGGUUCUAAGCAGGAUGGCAUGGGAGCUCUUGCAAAUUGCCGGACGCUGGACUCCUGCCGAGGUUGGUACUGUCGUAACAGGCGUGGAGGUGGGAGAGCAGGACAGCCCGAGCUCAGGAAAGUCAUCACACUCCUAGAAAUUGGAGAUUAAGCCAAAAUGAGUAGAAGGAGAAGGAGAGAGCGAGGCUCAGAGCCCAUGUCUAUAGGCAGCAUGCAAAGAGGAGCAGAGAAAGGUUCCUAGAGUCAUCAGGGUGACCUGCAGAGUGUCAGAAAGGGAGAGGUGAGGCUGCAGCCGCCUGCAGCAGGUUAGAGAAACCACACCGAUGCUUAGGGACACAGAAGGAGUGCAACUUGCUAUGGGGACUUCCACUGGAGAGUCUGCUGUAAUUAAUAAAUAAGACAGGUGUCAUCAUUAAUACUCAUUGUCACCAGAUUGUUCCAAAGUGCUUUAAAAUUGUGUGUAUCUACUUGUAUUAAACAUUGUCCCCAAA